GAUCUCACCGUCGUAAAUGCAGAAUGGCUGCGUGAAUGCUAUAAGCAGAAGAGCCGAGUCAAUGAACAACCCUUCUUGGUUGGAGCUUCCAAAAGCUCUCCGAAAAAUAUCACUGAACCACCUCCUGCAGCGUCGACCAGCACAAGCCGGAUGUCCGAUUUGCCGGAAUUUUCGAAGAAUGCCUGCCUCCCAACGACGUCGACCGAUGAUGUGGACAUUGAUUCGGUAUUUGUUCCACCGGCAGCUCCGGAGCCUCUCGCGACGUCCACCUCGACGGCCGGCGCUGAUCCGCCCAAAGAAAACCAGCCCGGCAAUUACAAAUAUAUUUCGGUUGAAAGUGGAAACAAAGACACUUCAGAUGUAGAAUACGCAUUCAAACGCCUGCCGUCUCCUGAGCUCAAAAAGAUCAGCUACGAGGAACGCUUAGUUUACUCGCAGGAGCUUCAAGAAUACGGAGAACUUAUUCAAUCGCAACUCAGUCAACGUAAACCGUUCGAUCCUGGUCACCCCGUUGAUACACCGCCAGCCUUGAAACAUCGCCGCCUUUCCGCUCUGACCGGAAUCCACUCUCCGGCCACCCCGACUUCAAACAACACCAGCGCGGGUUCGUCCGACUAUGAACAGCUCAGCGUUACUCAACGUGUCAUGGAAUUCGAAACGCCGAUCCGCGAUACGCUCUACAAAGUCUUGAAGGAAGCCGAAGAAAAGGAGCGGAACCUCUCUCCGCGAACCAAGAAAAUGAACGAACUGCUUGCCACUCCUAGCGUUGGUAAUCCCGGUCACGUCAAGACCCCUUCCCUGCCAGAGUGCAUGACGAAACAAGUCACGCCUUACGGAUUCCGACCGGACGCCGAUCAGCAGAACCAUCUGUACCACAAGCGCAAGCUGCAAGUUUGGGAUCAAUUCUAUCAACCGAAGCAGCAGAAGGAUCGCCGGAAGAGCACACCUCUGAGCGAGAUCAAGCGACGGUUCUGGAAGGAGAACCUCGGCGAGGACUAUGUAAACUACAUGGAAUCCAAGUAUUCUUCCACGCAGUUUCAACCCUUCCAGGCGGAGGAGGACGAGCAGGAAGGUGAAACGCAGAAACCUAGCUCGACCGCCAAGGAGCCAGAACCAGAAUGCCAACCGAGUACUUCCAAGGCAGGUUCCAGUCGGGGUAAGGCGGUAUUUCGUGCCAUCAACGAUAGCAACGCUGCUAACGAAAGUGCUGUCGUUGGUGAGAAACGGUCACGCUCGGAUGAUGAUGAUGACGAUGACGAUGAUGAAGCGGGUGCAGGCGAUGAUAACGGAAAUGCCGGAAACGUUGCAGCAAGUACGAGCGGUACUGCAGCCGACGGCGAACCAGUAGAACCGGGUAAGCGGGCCAACAACGUUGAGGACGAUCAGGUGAAAAGACUGAGCGAAUUGAUAGCGAUGAACAAGAACUCGGCCAAAAAGAUGAAAAAGUUCAAGGAGGACACUCAGUACACGGAGAUACCCCGUUUCGAUUCAGAAAUGCUGGAUGCCCCGUACGCCCCUGCGGUCGGUUGGUGUGAUCCAACCGAGUUCGACAGGGAACGUCGUUUUGGCAGUACCUCCGAGGCAGAGAUGAAUCGUAUGAUCUACCAGGGAACACCGGUGUUCGCACUGUCGGGAGUCAACGACGACUUGCGAGCGGAGCUGGUGCGAAAAAUCCAACGAUUGAAGGGCGAGGUAUCGACCAAGCCGAACGAAUACGAUCCGGCCUGCACGCAUAUCCUGUGCAGUAAACCGAAUCGCGGGGAGAAGAUCUUGUCCGGAAUUGCCGCGGGAACGUGGCUCCUGUGUACGAAGUACAUCGAUGACAGCUGUAAGGCGGGUCACUUUCUGAACGAGGAACAAUACGCUUGGGGAAAUCCGGAGGCAAAGAACCUGCCGCCACUCGAGCCUGCCGACAUGCAAGUGGCCACCGCAGCCUUCAACUGGCGAAAGAAGAUCGAAUUGAAAGGUGGCAAGCGCGACGGAGUGUUCACCGGUUUCAGGGUGCUAUUGUUAGCUCCCAAGAAGCAGCAGUUCAUACGGUUGCUAAAAUCUGGAGGUGGACUUGUCAUCGAACAGGAUCCACCAUUUUGCGACAGUGAAGUGGCCAUGAUGGCAACGCACUGCUUCGUCGACGUGAAGAAGUCCAAGAUCGGUCCGCGGGACCACAUAGCGCUGGCCCAGGCCGGUAUCGCCGUGAUGAACAUCAUGUAUCUGAAUGCGUACCUUACGUCGGAGAUGCUCCCGGAUCCGGCUCGGUAUCGACUGGAGAUUUAGAAGAUAUAGCUAGGUAGGUAUAUAUUAAUUGUUUGCUAAAUUUUACUGCGAAUUGAAUAAUUACUUUCUUGAUUAUGAAA